AUGAGUAAUACUUUUGAAAUGAUCAUGGUUGGUGAACUAACUUUCUUUCUAGGUCUCCAAGUGAAACAACUUGAUGAUGGGAUUUUCAUAUCUCAAUCAAAAUAUGCAAAGGAGCUAGUUAAAAAGUUUGGUAUGAAAGAUUCAAAGUAUAUUCAAACAAUUAUGAGUACUUCAUCCAAAUUGGAUAGAGACUCUGAUCCUAACAAGGUUGAUCAUUUCUUGUAUAGGAGUAUGAUUGGCUAUACUAAUGCUGAUUGGGCUGGAAACAAUGAUGAUAGAAAGAGUACUUCCGGUGGUUGUUUCUAUGUUGGUACUACUUUUGUUUCAUGGUACAGCAAGAAGCAAAAUUGCAUAUCUUUAUCAUCUUGCGAGGCUGAAUACAUUGCUGCUGGAAAUUGUUGCACACAAUUGCUUUGA